AUGAAAGACACCAAAAUCCUAUCCCCUCGUGAGAGGGAAGACGUGGAACAAGGCUCUAUGUUUGAAGAGAGUCCUCCAGGUACCCGCGUGUUGAUUGACCACACCGAAGCCGAGGUCGUCCUCCUCCCCCAUCCGUCUCCUUCUCCAGACGACCCGCUUAACUGGACCUGGAGGCGCAAGUACACUGCUCAAGCAAUCGUCUUUAUCUGGGCGUUCAUGCUAGGAGCGGCCACGCUCUCUCCUGCUGUGACGUACGCUCCUGUCGUGGCAGAGCUCGGUGCCUCCACUGGCUACUUGAACAUCGGCGCGGCGUUGGCUCUACUUAUGCUAGGGCUGGGAAACCUUCUAUUCAAUCCGUUGGCCCUCAAGUUUGGACGACGGCAUGUCUACCUGGUUUCCGCCCUUAUCAGCGCUGCCUCGCAAGUCUUGGUUGCCACAGCACAAACGAAGGAGAAAGUGACGGGUGGUCGAAUUCUUUUGGGCUUCGGAGCGGCGCCAUUCGAGCAGCUUCCUGCACUGACUGUUGAUGAUCAAUUCUUCGUUCAUCAGCGUGGGUUGGGAUUGUCCAUAUACACCCUCGCUAUCACGACGGGGUCAUUUCUCGGUCCCAUCGCCAGUGGCUUCGUGAUCGAGUCUAUGGGUUGGAGAUGGGUCUACUGGUUCUACGCCAUCUUCUUGUUCUCCAUCGCUAUCCUGAUGUUCUUCGGCCUGGAAGAAACUGGCUUUUCGCGCCUGAGCCAUGGCUCAGAAGAGGGCACCGGAGGAAGCCAACCGCAAGUCCCGAAAGCCUACCUCCAGAAACUGAACCUCAUCACCAUCUUUGCCGACAAUGCUCCCUUCUGGCGCACGGCGACAAGACCGUUCCUCCUUCUUACCGACCCCAUAAUCUGGUGGUGCGGCAUAAUGUACGGCUUCGGCGUCUCCUGGCUAACGAUCAUGGCCUACGAGUCCACAACAAUCUUCACACUUUACGGCUUUAGCUCGUCCUCCCUUGGCCUUACCAACAUCGGUCCGCUUAUCGGUGCGUGUCUAGUCAUCUAUGUCGGCGGUGCAGGCACAGAUUGUUUCAUAAUGACUAGCCAAUAG